GUUUGAAUACCGGCUCGAGCCGGUAAAGAGCUGCCAAAGCAAGCAGGAACUGAAGACAAAAGAUGCAGCAGCUUCUAAUAGAGCAACAAAGGACCAAAGCAAUAUUUUCUGUAGUACCAGUCUUUUUUUUAUCUCAAAGCUAAAGUAGGAAGUGACUUAAAUAGCCUAGAUAUUCUUUAAGACGUCUGAAAAUAAUACCGUUUUUAAUGCUUUGCUCUCAAAUGUUUUGCUCCGUUAGCUCUUUUAUUUAAGAGCUUUAGCUAUUUUAAAGCGUCAACGACAUGACGACGAGGUAAACAAAACAAAAAAGACUUUUUUCCCCCACCAGGAGGCUCCUUUCUGUCCCCUGUCCGGUCAUUCCACCGCUGGUGACCUGCUGUAGCCAUGAGGGAACCCUCAUUCCAACGCUGCUUGGGUCCAAAUGUUUACCGGGAGGUGCCUGACGGGGGCUGGGGCUGGGCUGUGGCUGUGGCCUUUUUCAUAGUGGAGGUGUGCACCUAUGGGACCAUCAAGAGCCUAGGCGUCUUCCUCCAAGAUUUAAUGGACGAGUUUGGAGAAGGGAACAGCCGAGUGUCAUGGGUCAUCUCCAUCUGUGUGUUCAUCUUCACAUUCACUGCCCCCCUAUCAACAAUGCUCAGCAACUACUUCGGCUAUCGUCCAGUGGUGAUGAUGGGAGGUUUUCUGAUCAGCCUAGGAACCAUAACCUCGGCCUUCACCAGCUCCAUCAAUGAGAUGUACAUUACCAUCGGCAUCAUCUCAGGACUUGGCUACUGCCUUACCUUCCUUCCCACUGUCACCAUCCUAGCCCAGUACUUUUCCAAGCGCCGAGCCCUCGUCACCUCAGCAGCUUCCUCUGGUGAAUCCUUUGCAAUAUUCGCGUUCGCUCCAGCCUUCACUAUACUGAAGGAACAUAUCGGCUGGCGUAACUGUCUGGUGAUUCUUGGCAUCCUUCAGUCUUCUGUGAUUGGCUGCGGGCUUCUUCUUCGUCCAAUAAUAAUUAAGACGGAGCCUGAAAAAGUGGAGGAAGACUCUGAGAAAGAGCUGCCAUCUCUGAAGCAGCUGGAAGCUGUUUAUGAACUGGAGAAUGAACAAACCAGAACCUCCAUCAGCUCAGGAGUGUCUCGGGGCUCAGAGGACUCAGGCGUCACAUCCCUGUCUGCUUCAAACGUUGACCUCAGGACUGCAGGACCAGAAGCCAAGACUCUGAUGGGGUGGGAGAGGCAAGACAAAGACAGCCAGGAGCUGUCUCUGUCCACACCUGCCAGCCCAGAAAAACUCACCCAGGAGGGGGAUAAAACAGAUUCAGAGGCUGGUCCUCUUCAGUCCUCUAGCCCCAAACUCCUGGACUUUUCUGUGCUCAAAGACGGUGCCUUCAUCUGGUACUCGCUCUUUGGCCUGUUUGCCACACUGGGCUUCUUCGCCCCCCAGCUCUACAUCAUUGAACUGAGCAAGAGCCGUGGUGUGGAGCCUAGCAUGGCGUCCUACAUGCUCUCUGUGAUGGCUGUGGCUGAGAUUUUCGGUCGCUUGUCUAUCGGUGUGAUCUUGAACAGAGUUUGGUUCCGGAAGACGCUGGUCCUGCUGGUCUGUGUGGUUUUUUUGUGCCUGGUGCUGGUGGCCUUCACUGUGGUGUAUGAGUUCUGGGGCCUGAUAGUCUGCUGUGCCCUAUAUGGCUACUUCAUGGGCACAGUGGGCUCCACACACAUCCCCUUGCUGGCUGAGGAGGAUGUAGUGGGCAUCGAGAAGAUGGCAUCAUCUGUUGGCGUGUAUGUCUUCAUCCAGAGCUUUGCUGGGCUGGCUGGACCACCACUUGGAGGUGUUUUGGUGGAUAUGACAGAUAACUACGGUGCUGCUUUCUACUCGUGUGCUGUGGGCAUGGGUCUCAGUUCGAUCUGCCUGGCCCUGGUCAGCCCAGCCAAGUCUGGCCUAUGCUGCAGAACCCAAGAGACAGUGAAGAGCAAUGAUGAAACAAACAAAAUGUCCCAGGACUGUGAGCAACCUGACUUUUUGGAUGUGGAUCUGGCUCCAGAGGAGAGUCCUGUCCGAAAGACUGUGGGUCAGAACAGCACCUCUGUCAUUUGAGCCUAGAAGUCAACACACUGAACCAAGCAAAUCCACGUCCACACAACCCACAGCUGCUGCCGAUUUCUAUCUCAGGUGCCACUCCCUCAUUCUCUGACAAGCUUGAAGUUCACAGUCAGUCCUGUACGACCAAAGACAAAGUUAUCUGUGACAUUCAUACAGGUCUGGUCUCCAGUAGAAAAACACUUUACUCACUCAUACAUCUUGGUUCCAUUUAGACAGGAGGACUUUUAUCUCAGGAAAGAUGUACCAUUGUCAUGGACUGACUUAGAACAUUGGAAAACAGCUGUGAUGUCUGUCCUGUACAUGAAGGUGUCAUAGCUGCAUUGUUGCAUGGUUGUAUGUAGAGGUGUGCGUCCCCACUGUGUCUCAGCUUUAAUGUCCUGCAUGGCUGGGGGUAGGGGGUCUAUCGCUGUACCUGACCCCAAGAAGGUUCGGCUAUUUAACACUAAGGCUUGACUAUUCAUUCAUCCAAUUAGAAAGUCUGCUAACAGUUUCAGUGUGGACUUUGAAAAUUUUAUAUACAACAGUUUUGGAAAUAUUAUUGCAUAUUUAAAAAUCCAAAAGGACAGCGGUAUAUGAUGCACAUACAGACCGAGGGUUCUCUCAGAGCCAACUCAGAUCUGCUGCACUCAAGUGUCAUGUCCAGAGGGAUGUAACACUGGCUUCGCAAUUAACACUGUCUGUCAGUUAUAAAUGUCCAACUGUCUCUAUGCUAGAUAUCAUUCCCAUAAUUUUUUGUUCAAUAAUUCCUCAUUAUCCUUGUGCAUUUUGUGAGCUUCUAUCUGUUAUAGUUUGGUGAUGUGUACUGAUGAAGAAACAACUGAAAAACUUGAAGAAUCUGUGAUCCAUUUUCCAUUGAGGCUGUGGCUGAGGGAGGGAUUACCAUGAGCCUGACCAAGAAGAACAACUAAAACGUUCCAACUGUCAUUUAAAAAAACAACAGGUAGAGAAGAAAAAACAGCUUCAGGUGGGAAGAGAAAUCAAAGCAGUGGCUCGAGACUGGCUGCUAAUGGUUGGCUACUUACUUAAAAAACAUAGAUUUGGUCAUACAUCUUAAAACUACUUUCUAUGACCCCAAUUAUCCAAAAUCAUUACUUAUUGUCAGCUAGCUUGGUAGACAUAAUGUUAGGAUGCUUCUUUCUAACAUUACCACUGGCACACCAACCAACAUACACACACAGAGUGAUGUAGUGAUAUGGUUCUGUGGAAAACCAAACCAGGCCUUAGAAAUUGGAACUAGCCCUAAACAGACAAUCAGAAUCCUCUUCUCUCAGUGGUCAGUCUUAGAGGAGGACCUUUCUUGUGUUUUCUGCACUUUGGGCCUAACACUAGAACAUGUUACUUAUAUCAGAACUGAAGAAAACGGUGUAGAAAGCCUGCAUACAAUGAUGAAUGUCACCUGUAUCACCAGCUGUGUCAGCAGAUUAUCAACCAAAUAUGGAAUACUGACGGGUUUCAAACUCCAAGUAGUGAAAUGUACAUACAUAUACAUGGCAUUGAGGGGUAAAUAAGAAUUACAGCAACUAAUUACACAUGAUUCCUACAACAGGUCAGGACUAGUAAACUGUAUUUGUGCAUGAAAGAAAAAGUGGUGAAUGCAUCAUGUUCAUAUGAAGGAUUUAAGAACCGAUCUGUUAACAUGAGUGAUUUUUGCAUGAGGCCCAUUAUUGUUUCGUCCUCAUGGAUUGACAAUUUCACGACACUGAACACUUUUGUAUUACUCAGAAAUAUGUGCAAAGUCCAACACGUAUGUAAUGUAACUCAUGUAAUGUGUCGUCCCCUUCAAAGCAGUCACACUGAAUGAUGUGAGCCACUAGAAGCCAUGCUUUAUGACAGACAGAACUCACACUCUUGGUUGAUGUUACAUAUCUGCAUUGGUGUUAGCUGUAGCAAUGCUGCAUCAGUGUUUAGUGUUAGUUUAGAACCACCACAGCUGCUGGCAUUGAGUCAGACUUUACUCCCCCCACUCUGCUACUUCAGCUAAAAGUAUUUUCCUGAUGUCAUGUUUUCAUGAUCAGGCUUUUUUAUGCCAUAAACUGAAUGCAAUGAUGACUGGGAUUUACAGGGAUUUCUCCUGAUGACCAGGCUGAGUGAACACACACACACUUCUUUAGUUUCAGAUGAACCAUUGAUGUAUGCAAAGGGUGAAGGAUGGAUCUGAGUCCUCGGUGAGUCCUGACUCGGAUCGCCUCCACACCACCUUGCCAUGACUUGAAAUGGAGUUCACAAAGCUCUUCUUAAUUACUGUAUCUCUUAUUUGAAGUCUUUAUAUCAAUGAUCUUGUGUUCUUUUUUAGAUAAACUUUUUUUAUUUUGUAUUUAAUUGAGGCACAAUGUUGCCUGAUAAGUGCUGUACUGCUUUACUUCUUUUGGAAUUAAAAUCUCCCAUAAACCUCUG